UCUAAUGGGCUAUACACGGGACACCUUUUGGUACACCAACGCAGAGGCGAACCGCCGUGUGCGCGCGCGCGCGUUCAUGUUGUUGUUUUGUUGUUGCGACCGUGCAGGAUUAACGACGCGCCGACAAAGGGCUACGAAGAGGACGUGGGAAGCCGGUGCACCAUGCGCGUCGUGUACCCCAUGACGGCUGUGAAGGAGCAGCAGGCGCGCGACCAGAACGACACCAUCGCCCUCUUCGUGCCCUUCAAGGCGGCCGACAUCGACUGGAUUCUCAAAGUGGUGCGAGGCGUCGUCGUGACGAUGAAGACCGGCCCGUUCAAGUGGGACGUUCCUCCGCACAACGUGCGCAUCCUCAACCCCAUCUUCAUGCGCGUGGCCUCGCUGGAGCUGCUCAACAACAGCAUCCCUACGCGCAAGAAGCGCGCUCCGAUUCCCACCACGGGGUUCCUGACGGUCACCGCGGCCCUUCACAUGUGCAGGGAGGUGCACAUCGCCGGCUUCGGGUACCCUAAGGCAACGAAGAACGUGGGCAACGAGCUGGUGCACUACUACGGCGAGGGGCGCAUGCGGCAAAUCACGCGGGUAGGCACGCCCUGCAGCGGUAGCACGAGUCCGUGA